UGGCCUGGCCUGGCCUUGACCGCGCGCUGUGGCCUGCUGUGUGUGGGGAGAGGUUACUAGGCCUGCUCUCCCAGGCCCGCACCCCGAGGGAGAGUCAGCUGUUGGGGGGUGUCCAGUUUGAAGGCAGCCCUCAUUUUCAAACCCAGCACAUUUAAAUGGGAUGGGUAUAGUCCCGUGUUAUGUCGUGUUGCAGCUACUUAGCAUUUUAUAAAUAUACCUUUUUAAGUGGAAACGGAUUUUCACGUAAGUGAAGAUGUCUGUGUGAAACUGCUAAAUGUGAAAUUAAUGAUCCAUUUGCAAAAUUUGGCAGAGAACCUUUUGAAUGAGGGCAGCUCCGUUGAAGGCUGUGUUAUUAAAGAUGCUUCACACAGAAAUCACAAGUCCUAUGCGUUGCAUUUAGAUUUUCACUUUAUUUCUGGUAAACAAAUGGUGUAAUUAUACAAGCAGUUAGUGUUUUCUCUAUCACUGGUGACAGUUGAAAUCAACAGAUUUGUACCAAGCAAUAGUUAGCUUGGUAAUAGUAACUGCAAGUAAUGUGUUCUUAGAACUAUUGUAGAAUCAUAUGCUUUGGGAUUUUUUGCCAAAACAUUUUGCAGUCAUCCUUCAGCAUCCCAGCUUAGUAGAGCUCAAAAUUAAUUUCAAAGCUUUCUUUUGCAGUCAAACAACAGUCAAGCCUUAAAGCUUCAGAAGCAUGUUUGGCUGCUGCUGAAAGCAGUCUGUAUGAUUUUUCUUUAAUGUAAAGGUGUGUAAGUCCAUUCAAAGUGAGAUUUUGGUAUAGUUGAUGAGAUUGAAUAUGCUUCAGUUUCUGGCAUUGUUUCAAGAAACACACAAGUAUCUAGGCUUUGCAGAAGUAUCUAGUAAUAAGUUCUGGAUUUCUACAACAUACAUGUAAAAAUAAAUACCUUGCUGAUAGAUUACUGAUGCAAUGUGUAACAUUUUCAAUUUUGGAAAUAGGGUCCAAUUUAGAAGUAAGGCCUAAGCCUAUAAACAGUUAGAUUAUUAAAGAAAAUCAUUUUCCUUUUUGUAUUAAAGGCUGUAUGCACAUGUAGUUGUCAGUCUAGUCUCCUGAUAUCAGUAACUUACUACCUCUGUUCAGGAAAGGUCGUGAGAAUUACUAGCUCUUUUGGUAUUGCUUUAAUGAGCAGAAGCAUGCAUAUACAUUUUAUGAAUUUUAGUUGUGAAAUUGGGGUGACUAGAAACUUGCAUAAAAAGGAACAAUUUCACUGCAGGAGCAAAAAUAAGGUUCACUGUAAUAGGAUAUGGCAAAUUGGUAAUUUCUGAGUUAAUGUGAUAAGUUAAUAAAUCAAGAUGUAGAAUACUUGUGAAAAACAGAAACCUGUUAAUUAAGGGACUUGUAAUAGAAUGGAAGAAAUAAGCACUAGAAAUACAUUUUAAGUAAACACUGGAGGUAAAUGUGAUGUUCAUAUGAAGACUGAGUUGGCAUUAUACAGAGAUUUAUCUUAAUGACCUAGCUGCUUAUUUAAAGGGUGAAUUUUGCACAGUAGGACUUGAUAAUAUUUGUGUUGUAACUUUUUAUAUUGUAUUUAUUCUGCAUAAUUUUUUCUUUAUAUUUCUUUUGGUCUGCUUUUGAGCUCCUCUUUUCUUUCUCCUCUAACUCAUAAGCAAAACCAACAAACUGAGCUUACAGAAUAUCAUAGAAUUUUCACUGAAAAUCAGUCUUUGAAUAAGACAUGGGCUACCUGAGCUGCAUAACUGAAGCAAACUCAUUGACAGAAUUACUAUUAGAAUACACAGUCUGUGCUUCUUCACUCUUGAGUGUUCUCUGGGAUCACAUCAGAAAGUUCUGAGAUUUCUGAACAUGGCCUUUCUGAGGUAUAGGGAAUCUGUCUGUCCUUUCAAAAUGAAAUUCUUCAAAAAUUUCAGCCCUUUUUAUUGGACCAUCACUGUAGUUUUCCAUUCUUUGUGGUGUUUCAACUAGAUUAGUACGUGAUUCAUAACCAACCACAGCAGAAAUUUUUCUGUGGUUUGCAGUCAUCUUUAGCCAAAUUAGCCAUAUAGCCCAAUUAGCGCCAUUCAAAUACUAGUUGUAGUGAUCUGUUUAGGCAACCCAAACAUACAGGUGUCCCUGCCACAUCCUAGCACAAAGAGUACAAAAUAUUAAGACAUAUUAGUAAGGCAGUUGAUAAAAUCUAUCAGGAACCCAGAAGUGUUUCAGUAACAAAUUCCUCAAAUUGUUAAGCCCUGUUUCAAAAGAUAGUGUAUGUAUUUUAAUAUAUAACAACUCCCAGACCAUGUGUACAUAGAAGUAUUAUCAGAGUACAUACAAUAAUUGCCUGUUUUUGAAAGAAAGACCUACAUAGCAUUUUACAGUUUAUUAUUUGUUGUCUUAGCAUUGGGGUCUCUGUUAGCAGUGUUAUCCUGUGUGUUCUGAAUACCCAGUGCGUAGGCACCCUAAGAAGGCCUUGCUAUAGCUGCGACUUCUCUUCCCUUUUUUGUCUCACCAGUGAAUUUAUCUCACAGCAUGCAGUCCCGCAAAUUGCCAUAUGAUUCAAUAUCUGGACAAGAGUCUUAUUUAUUCUGGCUUUACAUCCAUGAAACAUAAUUGACUGAUGGAUUUAAACCUGAUAACUAUGUAAAAUCAGAAUCAGACACUGUUUACACAACAAUGCAAAAUAAUAUUGAAAACAAUUUGAAAAGCAAAAUAAUACUAUGCCUGUAAUACGGAUUUGUACUAGUUCUGGUAGUGUACUGGUGAUGUAAAGGAGAUGAAAGAGCUAAAGAAAUAUCACAGGACACCUCAGCUUGCAGGGCAUUAUUCUUGGCUAUUCGAAAAGCAGGCCCAAGAGUAACAGUGACAAGAUAAUGGGUUGAAAAGUGAUAAACCUUUGAUACACUUUUUUCUAUGGAAGGACAUGAUUUCCAUGAUUAGCAAGUAUUUCAGACCUUUUGCAAUGAAAAAAACCAUUAACUUCAAGAAAGCUGAACUGGUUUUUUAGGAAAACUGAAUUUUCAUUUCACAAUAGCUCAUCAUUCCAUAAUAAAUGAUGGAUGGAAGUGAAGAUUUGGUCGAAGAUCUGCUCACUGAUUAUGCCAUACAGCUUAGCAUUCAAGAAUCAAAUGCAGCCAAGACACCAGUAUCUUCCAGCUAUAACGACAGUUUUUUUGAUAGAUUUGUACCACCUAGUGAGGAAAACAGGAAAAUUGUAACAGCCAUAAAGCAAGGUCAAGUAUUUGGGCUCCAAGACCUUGUGAAAAAGAAAUAUGCUUUGGAUGAAGCUGAUGAAAAAGGGUGGUUUCCACUGCAUGAGGCUGCAGCUCAGCCAAUUCAGCAAAUACUUGAAAUCAUUUUGGAUGCAUCUUAUAAAACAAUGUGGGAAUACAAAACAUGUGAUGGAGAAACACCAUUAACUUUGGCAGCAAAAGCUGGCUUUGUGGAAAAUGUAAGAACAUUACUGGAAAAGGGUGUUUGGCCAAAUACCACAAAUGACAAAGGAGAAACUCCACUUCUUAUUGCUAUAAGGAGGCGCUCUUUUCAAAUGGCAUCUAUUCUGAUUAAACACAACUGUCAUAUCCACCAGCCGUGUGUGAAACGUUGGUCAGCAAUGCAUGAAGCUGCAAAACAGGGUUGCAAAGAUAUUGUUUCUCUUCUUCUGAAGAAUGGUGGAAAUGUGAACCUCAGGGAUGGAUAUGGAGUAACACCAUUAGGUGUUGCUGCUGAAUAUGGUCACUGUGAUGUGCUGGAGCAUCUUAUUCAUAAAGGUGGAGAUGUCCAGGCCUUAGCAGAUGAUGGUGCAUCGAUACUAUUUGAUGCAGCUGGAGGAGGUAAUCCAGACUGCAUAGCACUUCUUUUGGAGUAUGGAGGAAGUGGCAAUGUGCCUAAUAAGGCAGGACUGCUUCCCAUACACAAAGCAGCUUAUGAGGGACAUUACCUGGCCCUGAAAUAUCUCAUUCCAGUCACAUCCCAAACUGCCAUCCAGAAAAGUGGGUUAAGCCCUGUUCACUCAGCAGCAGAUGGCCAGAAUUUGCAAUGUCUAGAGCUCCUCAUUGAAAGUGAUUUUGAUGUCAAUACUCUGUUGGCUGAACACAUUUCAGACAGUUAUGAUGAUGAAAGGAAAACAGCACUCUAUUUUACUGUUUCUAACAAUGACAUUCUCUGCACCGAAAUAUUACUCAAAGCAGGUGCAAAUCCGAACAAGGAUCCUUUAAACUGUCUCCUUGUGGCAGUGAGAGCUGGUAAUCAUGAAAUAGUAAGGCUGCUCCUAUCCUAUGGAGCAAAUGUCAACUGCUGCUUUAUGGUGGUCAAUGAUACCCAUUUCCCCAGUGCCAUUCAGUAUGCCUUGAAUGAUGAGGUGAUGUUAAGGCUCUUGCUCAAUCAUGGAUACAAUGUGGAGAUGUGUUUUGACUGUAUGCAUCAAGAUAUCUUUGGAAAUUCCUUUGUAUGGUCAACUCCAGAGGAAGAAAUUCUCCCAGGAUGGACUUCUUCUGCAAUUAAGGAUAAUCCAUUCUGUGAUUUUAUUUCUGUUCCUUGGUUGAAACAUUUAGCAGGAAAAGUGGUUCGUAUUUUCAUAGAUUAUAUGGAUUAUGUUCCUCUAUGCACAAAAAUUAAGUUUGUCCUAGAAACACAGAAGGAAUGGCCAGAGAUACGUCAGAUACUGGAUAAUCCUCGCUCAUUGAAGCAUCUAUGUCGUCUGAAAAUACGUAAACUCAUGGGACUAAAGAGCCUCCAGAAACUGUCAUCCAUGAAGAAGUUUCCACUUCCACCAGUUCUCAAGAACUAUAUCCUAUAUAAAGAAUAUGAUCUGUAUGGAGAAGGGAUACAUUUAGAUUAGUUUUAAAAAAAUAACUGUACAAUCUGUACUUUGACUCAUUUCUUUACUAUUUUUGACUAGCUGGAGAAUUGUUUAGUUCGUUUUAUGGUUCAGAACACCCUGAUAUUUGUUGUAAACAGGUCUUUUAUGGGAACAGGUUUUUCUGAAAAACCAGCACGUUAAAGCUCAACUUGGAUUUUAUGUUUUAAAUCAACAUUGUAUUAUCCAAAUACUGGCUAAAGUCAGAAUACGGAUACUAUAAUAAUUGUGUGGAACAGUAAAUGGAAAUUUAGGUAAAUAAAGGAUAAAAAUUGUUUUUAA